GUUUUAUUCAUCUGCACGGUGUCGGUUCGGUUCCUGUACUUGCAGUACUCACUUCAACUCGCCAGUGGUCUCGCCUUCACUUCACUCAACAGACAGACAGACAGAUAGACACUCACUCACUCGCGGCAGCCAAAGGAAAAAGACGGACAUCUGGAUGGAAUGGGUGCGUUGAUUGAUCAACCAAAACUCUCUCGAGCAAGGGAAGGAAGGGAGGGGAACACACCGUGCAUUCAUCCAUGCCGGCAUUCACGAUCUGGCCUUCGCCUUCGCCUUCGCUCAUCCAUUCAUUCAUUCGUCGCCCUCGAGCUCCUCUUCUUCCUCUCCUGCGGUGGUCUCGAUGCCGACCUCCUCGUAGUCCUUCUCGAGGGCCGCCAGGUCCUCCCGCGCCUCAGAGAACUCACCCUCCUCCAUACCCUCGCCCACAUACCUGAGUGCAUACGUGUGAUAGAUAGGGCGAGGAGACACACAGGUGGCUGUCGGUUGUGAGAGGAUGUGUGGUGAGGUGGGCUGACCGACCAGUGGACGAAGGCGCGUUUGGCGUACAUGAGGUCGAACUUGUGGUCCAUUCGCGAGAAGACCUCGCCGAUGGCAGUCGAGUUGGCUAUCAUGCAACACGCUCGCAUCACCUGACCCACACGCACACACAGAUGUACACACACACACAGAAGGAGAGACUCUUAGACCAGUCAGUCCAUCCAGACAUUGUGUGUCUGACUGACUUUUGCGAGGUCCCCGCCCGGGACGACUGUGGGCGGCUGGUAGUUGAUGCCGCACUUGAAGCCGGUGGGGCACCAGUCGACGAACUGGAUGGAGCGCUUGGUCUUCAUCGUCGCAACGGCCGCAUUCACGUCCUUGGGCACCACAUCACCACUGACACAUCAAAGACAGUGUGUGGGUGGCGUAUGGCUUCUCUCUGAAUGAUGUGCGUGCCUGCCUGCAUAGACACAUACAUACCGGUACAUGAGGCAGCAGGCCAUGUACUUGCCGUGUCUCGGGUCGCACUUGGCCAUCAUGUUGCCCGGCUCGAAGACGCUCGCCGUUAUCUGCCCCACGCUCAGCUGCUCGUGGUACGCCUUCUCGGCAGAUAUGAUGGGCGCGUAGGACGACAGCAUGAAGUGGAUGCGGGGGUACGGCACCAGGUUGGUCUGGAACUCCGUCACAUCGACGUUCAGGGCGCCGUCGAAGCGCAGGGAGGCCGUGAGGGAGGAGAUUAUCUGCGCGAUGAGUCGAUUGAGGUUGGUGUAUGUGGGCCGUUCAAUGUCGAGGUUGCGGCGGCAGAUGUCGUAGAUGGCCUCGUUGUCGAGCAUGCAGGCCACGUCGGUAUGCUCGAGGAGCGAGUGGGUGGACAGCACGCUGUUGUAGGGCUCCACCACGGCGGUGGAGAUCUGUGGAGACGGCCAGCAGCAGAAGUUGAGCUUGGACUUCUUGCCGUAGUCGACCGACAGACGCUCCAGCAGCAGACAGCCCAGGCCGGAACCAGUGCCGCCACCCACCGCGUUGAACAUCAGGAAACUGCACACAGCGAAGAGGGCAGCCGACGUGAAUGGUUGGAGAGCGUGAUGAACAUGCCUCACCCUUGCAGUCCGGUGCAGUUGUCAGCCAGCUUGCGCACACGAUCGAGCACCAAGUCAAUCAUCUCCUGCCGCACACAACAGUAGACAACGUCUUCCGGUCUCUCCCCCCCUCUCCCCCUCCUCUCUCCCCUCUCCCCCCCUCCCUCCUGACCUUGCCGAUGGUGUAGUGCCCUCUGGCGAAGUUGUUGGCGGCGUCCUCCUUGCCAGAAAUGAUCUGCUCGGGGUGGAACAGCAGUCGGUAGGCACCGGUGCGCACCUCGUCACACACAGUGGGCUCCAGGUCAACCAUCACGCAGCGAGGAACGUGCUUGCCGGACCUGAACACGAGGAAACACAAACACCCCAUUUGUGUUUUGCUCUUUCUCUUUAUGCCCCCCCACUCUCCCUCUCUCCCUCACCCUCACCCGGUUUCCGAGAAGAAUGUUGUGAAGGCAUCGUCCCCGCCCCCGAUGGUCUUAUCGGUGGGCAUCAUGCCGUCGGGCUGGAUGCCGUGCUCCAGACAGAAGAGCUCCCAGCAGGCGUUGCCCACCUGCAUACCCGCCUGACCGACGUGAAGGGAUAUCACCUCUCGCAUUGUGGGUGUGGGUCUGAGUGGCUGUCACGGAGGGGGCGACAAGGGAACAGACAAAGGGACACAGAACCGAUCAACAACAAACACUGCGUUGACAAACAACGAAAAGAGCUGCCAGUUGAGGGAGCGUUGCGGGGAAUGGGUGGUG